AUAGAUCAUUUUAAGCUUGACUUUAAUCGAGUCUACAAGUUUUUUUAAAUUUGAAUUAAAAUGCUGGAAAAAGUUCAUCUUUUAUUAAUUUUGUCCAUUUCUGGAGCUCUAGCAAACACUCCAAUAGUUCCAGACAUCAAUGAAAUAAGAGAUUCAAUCAAACCAUACCUGCCAGAGGGUAUCUCCUUACCAGAAAUGAAUUCAACGCAGAUUGAGGAAGGACUACAGAAAUUAACUGAUGCCUUAAAGCAGAAAUGUUUGGAAGCUUCUGGAAGUGACACUGCUUAUGAUGAUGCUUCGGCUGCAGCAUCAACAUUCUCUGAGUGUAUCCAAAAUCUUUUAGAUUUCAGCAAUAUUGAGGAGGAAAUUGAAAAAGCGAAGCCAACUGGUGAUUUGGAUAUUGUUUUUGGAAAAUAUUGCAUCAAAAAGAUUCCAUCACUUGACUGUCUUGAAACAUUCGCAAAUGCUACAAGUCCAUGCCUUAAUGCAGAAGAAAAAGCUUUUAAGAAUGUUUUCAUUAAAAUGGCAAAAAGAAUUUUGGACUUUGUCUGUCAUAACAAUGGAAAUCAAAUUGCACUUUUUAUAGCUGAAAGUGGACCGGAAUGCUUUAGAUCUAAAGCAAAUAAUUUAGUGACGUGCUUUAAUAAAACUUUCGACAAAUACAAUCUUAUGUCCUUUGAAACACCUCCGACAUUCAAAAUAUCUCAAGAAAAUUGUGGAGACAUAAAAAAAUUUGAAAAUUGUGUUGUUUCGGAAUUGGAGAAAUGUCGAGAAAGUACGUCAGCUAACUUGGCUGAAGCAAUGUUUAGAUAUGUCAAGAAAGAAACUGUUUGUAAAAAUUUUUAAUUGUGAUUAAAAACAGAAAAUAAAGUUUCGUGAUAAUGAGUUCAUU